CUUCAGGCUUAUCAUCACACUCCCAUGGGUGAAGAUAUUGAAACCAGUGGCGGGUGCUACUGCGGACAGCUGCGCUACACAGUCAGAGGUCUACCUCUUCUAAGCGCCUUUUGUCACUGUACACUUUGCCAGAGGUUCAACUCUGCAGUGUUCAUUCACACCAUCCAUUUCUCGAGUGCGGCAUUCUCCUGGACACGAUUCGAAGAGGACAAAGUCCAUAUCUACGAAGUCGCGGAUAAACCAUGGAAAAGGCGUCAUCGUUGUGCAAACUGCGGUUGCACAGUCGCCUCAUUUAACACGAAGAAAGAUGAAUGGAGCGUUUGGGGUGCUCAGCUGGACAGAGACGAUGCAGGGAAGAGAAAGAACUGGGAGCUGUUGAAACCGACUGCCCAUAUUUUCUACGAAACCAGGAUGGUCGACAUUGCUGAUGACUUGGGCAAAUGGGACGGAUACGAAGGUUUAUCAAACAGACUUCCCAUGUAAUCCGAGAUAACAAAGAAAUACCAUUACGCCAUCAUUCUAGUAUGUGAUAUCUAAACC